AUGGACCUGGUGAAGGUGUGUGACCAGGUAAUUCAGCAGAUUCUGUCCAUGACACUGUGUUUUGAUUUCUUUGUCUUCGGAUUUACAUUGAGGAUAACUUCUGGAAUGAAUAAACUAAGGCCUUUUGUCAAAGUGUUAAAUGCUGACACCUGGCUCAAGAGUCAGAGGAAGUUGAGGAAGAAUUCAGAGGAGGAACAAUUGCACAGCCAGCUGCUCUUUCAGGUCAGCGUGCAGCAGAUCGGCAGCAGUUUUACAUUGCUUGAGUUGAAUGCUCCUCGUGUUACACUGCACAGAGCCCAGCUGUUCUGUGACAGUAGAGAGGUGGUGCACACCACAGAGGGUCUGGAUUGGGAAGACAAAGAUGCUCCAGGGACGUUGGUUGGAAACGCGGUGCACUCUAGGAUCUUCAGUCCUCUGCGCCUGUUUGUUAAACAGUCUCCAGUACCCAAGCCUGGCCCUAUGGCGUAUGCAGACAGCAUAGAGAACUUUUGGGAUUGGCUGGCUAACAUCACCGAGGUUCAGGAGCCACUAACAAGAACUAAACGGCGGCCAAUAGUGAAAACAGGAAAAUUUAAGAAAAUGUUUGGAUGGGGUGACUUUCAUUCCAACAUUAAAACUGUCAAACUCAACCUCCUUAUCACGGGGAAAAUUGUCGACCAUGGAAAUGGAACCUUCAGUGUUUAUUUCCGACAUAAUUCAACAGGCCUGGGCAAUGUUUCCGUGAGCUUGGUACCUCCCUCUAAAGUGGUGGAAUUUGAAGUUUCCCCCCAGUCUACCUUGGAGACCAAGGAAUCCAAAUCCUUCAAUUGUCGCAUUGAGUAUGAAAAAACAGAUCGGGCGAAGAAAACCGCCCUGUGCAACUUUGACCCAUCUAAGAUCUGCUACCAGGAGCAGACUCAGAGCCAUGUGUCUUGGUUAUGCUCCAAGCCCUUCAAGGUCAUUUGCAUUUACAUUGCCUUUUACAGUGUUGAUUAUAAACUUGUACAAAAGGUCUGUCCUGACUACAAUUACCAUAGUGAGACCCCAUACUUAUCUUCUGGAUGAAUCUUUCCAGUGAUUGAAAUGAGGGACACAUUGUAUUUG